CGUCAUGUACAUCUCCUCCCACUCGCUUCAGGACGCCACUGUAUCUGCAUCAGCGUUAAAUCAUGGCUAUUGUGUGAAUGGGAAAAACUACUACCGUCUCCGUAUAUGACUGAUCCGUGCCAUAUGAUCUCAAGUAAGACCGAGGGCUGUCUUUAAUUUGAACUAAUCAAGGAUAUACUGUUAUUCGCCGCUGGCUGGGCUGGCCGUAUAUGAAAAUGGACCAGGCGGCGAGCCGCUACCAAGUGUUGCACAAUGAGGACGAUCCCUCUGAAGGGGCCUCCGGUGCAGAGCCGUCCACAUCCUCCCAGGCCGCUGUCGCAGGCAUCGUGGAUACGGAAGCUCCGCCUCCUCCUUAUACCAGCGUGGUGCUCGGAGCAACAGCUGCAACAGAGAGCACAUUUCCGGGGGACUUUCCCGUUCCUCCACCAUACAGCAUUGCCACGUCUCUGCCCACAUACGAUGAGGCAGAGAAGGCCAAAGCGGCAGCCAUGGCUGCCUCAGCGGUGGAGGUCAUUCCACGAGAUGAUGAUUUUCCGGUUCGGGAUGACUUCAGUGACGCUGAUCAGCUGAGGGUGGGAAUGUCUUGCACUCCAGGAUCCUGA